AUGGCGGUCUCAGCAUUCCUCGACGAUGACAAUCUUUGCAAUCUCCUGGAUCGCAACGUCAGUCCCGCUCAGUAUGAGAACAUUUUCGACAACUGUAGUAACAUCCCAAUAUCGAAUUUUGAAGAUGAUUACUCACUGUUCUUUAAUGACUUGAAUGACUCCAUCUUUGGCUAUCAGGAACCAGGUCUCGGGCUUCGACAAGGAACGACCCCACUGGCAAAUGGGACGCACGCUGCCCGUGGAGAAAAUCAUGAACAGCAGCCUGCUAUUUCGAAUCCGAUACAGGAUCCAACCUCACAUAUCGAACCUAUACUCGCAUUUCAAAAUUGCUUGAGAAACGAUGGUGAGGACCCGAAAGCCCGAGUUGAUCCCAAUCGCCUGAGGAUCGAGGCUCAGAUUGGCGGUCGCAUCAAGAUACCGGAACAGACCCCUGGUCCAGCUGCCUCUGAAGUAGGCGAACUCACAUUCUACCGAAGGAAUCUGUUCAAAGUCAGUGCCAGACUCUAUCUUCCUCAAGAAGGAGUGUCAACUCUUCUUCAGCAGGGAGUUUUCAGGCUAGUGGCCAGGUUGGAUGCGAUUGAAAGCAUAGAAGGGGAGACUGUAAAACUCAUCAAGUUGCCGAUCAAAAAUGACGUGCCAGCUGAAGAGUCAACAUCCGCCAAGGUGGAACCAGUGCAACCUGUGCUGCUAGAUCACCGAGCAGCAGAUUCAACGGGCCAAGCGAGUCUUGCUAUGUGCUGGGAUCGACUUCAGUUCCGACGGGCAACUACCAAGACUCGAGGAAGUGUCGCACAACGGUAUCAACUACGAGUAACGAUUCUCGCAACCACCAUCAGCGAUCAAUCUGAGAAGACACUCGCCCAAGUAGCAAGCAAACCCAUAGUGGUGCGGGGACGAAGCCCAAAGAAUUACCCUGACCAGGCCAAGGGUCAAGACUUCUCGGUCAAAAUUGCGAAAACUGACCGCUCUGCAUCAGUACGCCGAGAAUCCGUUACACAUACGGUUUCACCGGAAUUUCAGGGGGGUGUGAUUGAGCCGGCGGCCAUCCUGACGGCCACAGGAGGCCGGCCAGAUACGCAAUUUUCAAGCAGGAGGCCGACAGAAGAAUUACAGCUCAAAGCAGCGGCCGACCAACGACGAAACAUGACGGCCGGAAAUAUCGAGACUACAGAUUUGGAUUUAUACUCUGACGGGAGUGAGGGUUCGAGCCCACCCGAGAUACCGUCCGCCACCUUUGCGCCUCGCAAUAUCUUGCCACCGAAUGGGGAUGCACGUAUCCCAUUACUGGGCCACAAAUCAACAAUUGCACAGGAUUGGUUGAAGCCACGAAAGGCUGAACCGCCUCCCGGAGCAAUUCUCCUCCCUUCACUUCGCAGACAGUCAUCCAAAGCUACCGCCCACGACUCGGCACCUCCUGCCGCUGUUGACACAGACGUCGAUUCGUAUGAGUAUAUCCCGCUGUCUAUCAAUGAUUGGUCUGCUCCAGUAGACCCUGUGUAUAGACCGCAUGGGGUGCACCAUAAGGCAGUCAAGGAUCAGUAUGGCCGAUCGGCUGCCAAGAAGCGAUACUUUAUCGACGUCAAGUAG